GAAGGGCUCCGCGCCCCCUCAGAGGCGGCAGCGGGAACGGGCUCCAGCCCCGGGGAGCAGCCACCCUGCCUGCUGAAGACUGAAACUUUGCGUCCCCGCCGCUCCCUCUCCUCCCCCUUCCCCUCGCCGGCCCGGCUCGCCCUUCUCCAUGCGCUGAGCGGCCGCGGGGCGCCCGCUCGGCCCCAUGGACGCCUUCAGCGCCGCCAAGGCCAAAAUGGGGGCGAAGAGCGGCGGCGAGGCGGCGGCGGCAGCGGCGGGGCUGGCCGCGCCUCAGCCCGCCGCGCCGGCCCCCAGCCCCGCCGGUCCCGGCUCGCCCGCCGCGCCCGAGCCCGCCGCCUACAAGCUGGAGGACCUGGAGACCCUAGCCACCGUGGGCACGGGUACCUUUGGGCGUGUUCAUCUGGUGAAGGAAAAAAUGGCCAAACGUUACUUUGCACUGAAAGUAAUGAGCAUUCCUGAUGUCAUUCGACUGAAGCAAGAGCAACAUGUGCACAAUGAAAAGUCAGUCUUGAAAGAAGUCAACCACCCCUUUUUGAUCAGAUUAUUUUGGACCAACCAUGAUGAACGUUUUUUAUAUAUGUUAAUGGAAUAUGUGCCAGGAGGAGAACUUUUUAGUUACCUGCGCAACAUGGGGCGUUUCAACAACAGCACAGGACUGUUUUACUCUACAGAAAUUAUUUGUGCAAUAGAAUACCUGCACUCCAAAGAAAUAGUUUACAGAGACUUAAAACCUGAAAAUAUCUUACUAGACAAAGAAGGACAUAUCAAGCUUACUGAUUUUGGAUUUGCUAAAAAACUGGUGGAUAGGACAUGGACGCUCUGUGGUACUCCCGAGUACCUCGCACCGGAAGUUAUACAAAGCAAAGGCCAUGGAAGAGCUGUGGAUUGGUGGGCCCUAGGAAUUCUUAUAUUUGAGAUGUUGUCAGGGUUUCCUCCAUUUUUUGAUGACAAUCCAUUUGGUAUAUAUCAGAAGAUUCUUGCUGGCAAAAUUGAUUUCCCGAGGCAUUUGGAUUUAUAUGUAAAAGACCUUAUUAAGAAGCUGCUUGUGGUUGACAGGACAAGACGAUUAGGCAAUAUGAAGAAUGGAGCAGAUGAUGUGAAGAGACAUCGAUGGUUCAGGUCUAUAGAUUGGGACGCUGUACCUCAAAGGAGACUAAAGCCUCCCAUAGUACCGAAAGUAUCCAAUGAUGGGGAUACUUCCAAUUUUGAAGCUUAUCCUGAAGAUGACUGGAACAAGACGCCUCCAGUACCCCCUAAAGAUCUAGAAAUUUUCAAGAACUUCUGAAUGCGACAUCUUCAGUGGACAAGAAACUGGAAGGAAAUUGAAGUGCUAAGAGCAAGUCUGAAGAAAAAUGGAGUUCAUACGUAAAUGAAGACUUUUUUUGUGGAUAAGAAUGAUACUGCAUUCAGAUAUGCAUAUUAGUAUAUAGUAAAUAUCUAAAGAGUUGGAGG